GAAUACUUCGCCUUCCUUUCUCUCUCUCUUCAAUUCUACACAUUUCUACUCUCUCUCUCUCUAACCCUUCCUACUUCCUCUCUCUAAACCCUCCUUCGUGAUCAAACAUGUCUGCCUUCAAGAGCAAAUACCAAGAUGAGCUCAUUGCUAAUGCUGCUUACAUUGGAACCCCUGGGAAGGGUAUCCUUGCUGCUGAUGAGUCAACUGGCACAAUUGGAAAGCGUCUCUCAAGCAUCAAUGUAGAGAAUGUCGAGUCAAACAGGCGUGCUCUGCGUGAGCUCCUCUUCACGACUCCUGGAGCCCUGCAAUACCUCAGUGGAGUUAUUCUAUUCGAGGAAACCCUUUACCAAUCUACAGCUGCUGGCAAGCCGUUUGUUGAAGUUUUGAAGGCAGGUGGCGUCCUCCCAGGAAUCAAGGUUGACAAGGGUACUGUUGAGCUUGCUGGCACCAAUGGUGAGACCACAACCCAAGGUCUUGAUGGCCUUGGCCAACGUUGCCAUAAAUACUAUGAAGCUGGUGCUCGGUUUGCCAAGUGGCGUGCUGUUCUCAAUAUUGGCCCCAACGAGCCUUCUCAGUUGGCCAUCAACGAAAAUGCAAAUGGUCUAGCUCGCUAUGCUGUUAUUUGCCAGGAGAACGGUCUUGUUCCCAUUGUUGAGCCCGAGAUCCUUGUUGAUGGACCCCAUGACAUCGAGAAGUGCGCUGAGGUGACCGAACGCGUUCUUGCUGCCGUCUACAAGGCCUUGAACGACCAUCAUGUCCUUCUUGAGGGAACCCUUUUGAAACCCAACAUGGUUACCCCCGGAUCAGAAGCCAAAAAGGUUGCACCAGAGGUGAUUGCUGAGCACACAGUCCGUGCCCUGCAACGUACCGUACCCGCAGCUGUUCCGGCUAUUGUGUUCCUGUCCGGUGGGCAGAGCGAGGAGGAGGCCACCCUGAACCUCAACGCCAUGAACAAGCUCAAGGGAAAGAAGCCGUGGUCGCUUUCCUUCUCCUUCGGACGGGCACUCCAGCAGAGCACACUCAAGGCAUGGGCAGGAAAGGAGGAAAAUAUUCCCAAGGCCCAGGCUGCUCUCCUCACCAGGGCCAAGGCCAACUCAGAGGCGACCCUCGGAACUUACAAGGGUGACGCCACUCUUGCUGAGGGUGCUGCCGAAAGCCUUCAUGUCAAGGACUACAAGUACUAAAGAAACUUGGCUGUUGUACCUCCUUUCGGGUUUCUUUUUUGACGAGUACAUUUUUGUUGGUGUACCGAUACAUACCCUCGCUGUGGUAUAUGGCAUUAGGGUUGAGACUUGAGACUUUAAAAAACUCUUUUUCCUGAUUUCGAGUUGUAGAGGGAUGUUGGUGUUAAUAAGCUUUGAAGUACCUUUUAUUAUGGUGUGAGUUUGCCUAAGGGUAUUUUGAUUUUUGUUUGGAUACUGCAAUAUCUUUGUUUUCUUCUCAAAAACUUUCAUUUUGUGAGUUAACAAAGCAUCUCCAUGAAAGGCGAUGACCCUGUUUUACAA